AUGGGGCCACUCCCUUCGGAGCACAUCGCUGCAUUUACACGACCAUUCACCUACACGGGUGUUGACUACUUCGGCCCGUUUGAUGUUUUGAUUGGUAAGCGGCAUGAAAAGCGUUGGGGCGUGCUAUUCACGUGUAUGACCGUGCGAGCUGUUCAUGUGGAGGUAUCGGCGUCACUCUCUACUGACUCAUUUCUGCUGGUACUGCGACAGUUUAUGUGUAGACGUGGUGUACCGAGGCGUAUUACGUCAGACAACGGUACGAACUUUCGAAGCGCAAGUCGUGUAUUAGCACAGGAGAUCGACAAGAUUGCGUUUAACUUGGUAGAGCAAAAAUAUCCCGAAAUUGAGUGGAGUUUUAUACCACCAGCUGCGCCCCACAUGGGCGGCGCCUGGGAGCGCAUGGUGCGCACGAUAAAAUCAGUUCUGAUGAGAAUUUUGCCGAAAAAUAGUCUACGAGAAGAAGUCCUACGAGCAGCACUCGCAGAGGCUGAAAGCACAGUCAAUAUGCGGCCGCUAACAUACCUCCCGCUAGAGUCACCAGAUAGCGAAGCUUUGACCACGAACCACUUUCUUCUUGGCUCUUCAAGUGGCAUCCGCGAGAAAAGCGCUUGUGAAGUCAGCGCAUCCACACUGAGUAAGAAUUUUCGUAUUUCCGGGCAAAUAGCUGACCAAUUUUGGAAGCGAUGGCUCCGGGAGUAUUUGCCAUGUUUAACAAGACGUUCGAAGUGGUUCGGGUCCCAGACACCUAUUCAGCUAGACGAUGUUGUCGUUAUUGUAGACGAAAACUUAAAGCGCAACACCUGGACCAGGGGCCGCGUAUUUGAUGUCAUACGAGGCAAUGACGGGCACAUCCGGAGUGCGGUUGUGAAGACGUCAAGCGGUUUGGUCACACGACCGGUGGUAAAGCUCGCGCGUCUUGAUGUUGAAGUUGCAAACCCCGUUGCGCCGCAAGAAGUUUGCGAGGAGGGGUGUUAA